UUAAAAUUGAAGGUCAAAACAUUUCGCCACGAAGCGUCAAAGCGGAAAGACAGCUGACUGACUGACCUGCAAAGCUGCGUAGGACUGCGCAAUAAAUGCAAAGCGACGACUUUGAGGAUGGAUGGUUUGAUGCUCUUACAGUUUACACUCCAUCAGCGCGGGAGCAGCUGUCGCGGCACGGUCUGGUUCAGGGCGGUCCUCGGCAGCCAUGCUGUGCGAGCAACAGCGACCUCGGCUUCGCCGACUGCUUCAAGCUGGUGGCAGUGGCUGGCGAGAACAGCGCAAGCCAAACUUGUCGCUCGCCGGCAACACCUGCGGCUGCUGCCACACAAAAGGCUCUACCCAAGGCCAAACACCGACUAAACCUGGUGUCCGCGGCCGCGCGGGUGAAUGAGAGGCAAGGAAACACGUGGGCGUUCCUGUUGGAAGAGAAGGCACGGGACAUCGUGUGCAGGGCGCUUGGCGAGGCAGAUGCUGCCCUUGCUACUUGCCUUAUGGACGCCAUGCGAUUGCUGCCCACACCGCCACCCGCGGAUCAGCCCCGGACCGCCGCGCUGAUCUUCACGGCGCUGCUCCUCACGGCGUCCACCGCGGGGCGGGGGGCGGCAGGCUUCCUUAUGGAGCUGCUGGUGCACGCAAAGAAGUCCGCGCGCCUGCUGGGCGCUGCCGGCCCGCCGUCUCAUGCAGCAGCAGCAGCAGCAGCAGCAGCAGGAGGAGGAGGAGGAGGAGGAGGACAAGCAGCAGCAGGAGGAGGAGCAGGCGGCGGUGGCGACCCGGAAGGAGGAGGAGGAGGAGCAGCAGCAGCAGCAGGAGGCGGCGGGUCGCCUCCAGCGGGCGGCACGGCGGGCUGCCCCGGCGGCCCUCUAGCCAGCUGGCGGGACGUGCUUAAGGAGGCCGCGGUGCUGCUGCGGCAUGCCGAGUGCGGCGAGGAGGUCCAGCCCGUGCUGGAGGCCGUGGAGCAGGCGCUGAUGCUGGAGGAGCGCGACCGCCUUCGCCAGCAGCAGGAGGCCGUUUGGGGCCCCGGCGGGCUGCUGCUGACGCAAGAGCAGAUUGAUGCUGCUCGCCUCAGCUUCCGCGACCUCGUGACUGGCGAGCCCAUCACAAACAUGCUACAGGCAUGGGCGGGGUCGGCGAAGACCACGCAGCUGCGCAUCCUCGUCCAGAUGCACCGCAGAACCUACUUCUACGUCCUUUCCUUCAACAAGGACAUAAGGGACUCCAAUGCGGUGUCCAUGGAUGCGGACCUGCUUGCGGACUACAACGCUGGCAAGUGCCCUCGCGUAAAAAACUACAAGGUCUCUACCACGCAUGGCUUUGCCCGUGAAAUCCAGGCACUUGAGGAUAAGCCAAGAGCCCUGACCACGGCUCACAUGCGCGGCUUCCUGGCGGCGCGCUGGGGCGCGGAGCGCGACAAGGUCAUCAGCGCUGGUGCCGCCCGGGCGGUGCGGGACACCCUGGAUUGCUUCAUGGCCAGCGCCGAUCCGCAGCUGGACGCCCGGCACCUGCCGCAGGACCCCAGGCGCCUGCAGCAGAUGGAUGAGCAGGUGAGUGUCGUCAUGUGGCGGCUGGACCGCGUGCCGGAGCGCCAGAUCGCGCAUCUCGCUCGGAUCGGGCCGCACCCCGACUACAGCCGCCGCAAGGUGGUGGAGGCAGCGCAGGCGCUGUGGCAGGAGGUCGCCAGCCGCCGCACAGCCAGCGGCGCCGCCACGCGCCUGCCACUGCCGUUCAACUGCUACAUCAAGCGCUGCGCGCUGCAGGGGCUGCGGCUGAAGCUGCCUCCUCCGCCUCCCUGGGGCAUCUGGACGGACGUGGUGCUGUUGGUGGACGAGGCACAGGACCUCAACGCGGCCACCAUGCAGAUGGUGUACAACCAGGGUACGCCAGUGGUGCUGGCGGGUGACCGCUUCCAGCAGCUGUACGCGUUCAACCACGCGUGUGGGGCCAUGACGGAGCGCGUCUCCAUUCCGCAGCGGGUGGUGCAGUGGUCACUGUCUCAGACGUUCCGGUUCGGCCCCGAGAUCGCCUUCCUGGUCAACAGUCUCGUCAAGACCGCAUUUGGGGCCCUGGACUACCUCAUCGGCCGGCCGGCUGGCCCCACGGGCUUCCACCCGGGCGUGGUGUACGUGACGGUGCCGGACGGCCGGGAUCUGGACUCGGUGCUGCCGGGGGAGCUGGAGAGGCCCAGCCGGCCCCGCCAGACCGGCGGCGGCCGAGGAGGGGACGGCGGCGCGGCUGGCGGCACGCAGGGUGGCACGCAGCAGCUGCAGGCACCGUGGCAGAGAGGCACACAGCACGGAAGCACGCCACAGCUGGGGUCCACACAGGCAGGAGGCACACAGCAGCUGCAGGCACAGCUGCAGCACGCACUGCAGCAGCAGCGGCCGUACAGCGGGAUGCGGUUGCUGCAGUGCCCGCUGCGCGGUCGCCAGCCCGAUGCGGCGUUCCCGGCCGAGUGGCGCGUAACGCCCAUAUGCGGCGUCGCCGUGCUGCCGCCGCCGACCGCCGCCGCCUCGCUGCCGGCCGUGCUGACGGCUGGCGGCGCCAAGCGGCUGCAGCUGUGCUACAUUGCACGGUACAACCACACACUGGUGCGGGCGGCGCUGGAGCUGGUGGCGGCGGGGCGCACCGUGCACGGCAGCUUCAAGUCCAAGCUGGAGGCGCUGGUGGGGCGCGUGCAAGACGUCGCGGCGUUCCUGUCGGGCCGGCGCGACUUCGGCACGGAGCACGAGCUGCACGGGCUGGCGGACGAGGCGCAGCUGCAGCAGCUGCUGGAGGUGCCGGGCGCGGAGGUGGAGCUGAUCACCGCGUACGAGCUGGCGCGAACCAACAGGGUGGAAGAGAUCCGGAACCUUGAGAGCAAGCUGGUGGACGAGGAGGCGGCCGAGUACGUGCUGACCACGGUGCACAAGAUGAAGGGCAGGGAGGCGCAGGUCGUGCAGCUGGCAGACGACUACAGCGCACAGCUGGCGACGGGCACGGAGGACGGGCGGCGGCGGCUGCUGUGGCAGCGCUCCAGCGGCUCCCAGUCGGACGAGCUGAACGCGGUGUACGUGGCCGCCACCCGGCCGCACACGGUGCUGCUGCUCAGCCGCGACCUCAGCCGCCUGGCGCUGGGGCUGCACCGCCGCCACGUGCAGCUGGUCUUGCCGGCUGCACCACCGCAGCCGCCCGCUGCGGGCCCUGCAUCGGCAGCAGCGACGGCAACAGCAGCGUCGCCACAGCUUGCGGCUGCAGGCGCAAGUCACAUGCAGCAACCACCCAACUCGCCGCAGGGUCUGCCGCUGCUGCGCACGCAGCAGCAGCCCGACCCCAGCAGCAACAGCGUGGUGACGCCACGCGCAAGCACUGGUCCCAGCAGCUUUGCUCGGAUGAUUGCUGCUGCGGGGCAGGGGGCUGGCGGCACUACUCUCAUGCCCACGGCGCGCAUUGACGCAGGCAGCACCAGCGGAGCAAUGGGCCCGCCAGGGCGGCCUGGCGGCAACGGCAUGUGCGAUGCGGCGAUGGGGAAGCGGGGCGGUGGGCCGUCUCAGCAGGGCGACAGCCACCAGCAGCAAGACCAGCAGCCGGCUCACGGCAAGCGCCCUCGGCAUGGCGGCAUGGAGGUGGGCAUGGACGUGGGCACGCCGAGCAGCCAACAGCCCACCGCCACCCCCCGCCAGCCCAUGUGCGCAGCAGGCGCCAGCCCCGGGCCCUCCCAGUCGCAGCCUCAGCCGCAGUCGCAGUCGCAGGCCACGCCGUCCUCCGGCGCGGCACUGCAGUCGCAAUGCCUGGGGAGCCGCGCCGAGCAGCAGGGUAGCUGCGCCUUGUGCGCCUGCACCCUGCUAUCAAGAGACCUGGCGUCGCACCUGCCCCGUGUCACGUGGCGCGGCCGGCCUGUGUGCCGCACCUGCGGCCGCGAGCGCACGCUGUUCGGGCAGCUGCUGGAGCUGGCGGAGGAGGCGGAGGACGCGCAGAAGGCUGCGGCACGGCGGCGCUAGGUUGGUGGGCGGCCCUAGCUUGGCGGGAUGCUGUAAGUGUGAGCGCGCGCAUUGAUGGGAGGUCUCCGAGUGGAAGGUACAGGUGUGGGUGGUGCAGCAAAUGGUUUUAUUACAUGCAUGGUGUGGGUUGGUGGUCAUUCGACAUUAAGGAAUGGCGGUCUGGCGCAAAAGAGGCAGGGUGGGCUGGGGGUGAGUGUGGCAAGCAAAUUUCCAUGAGGAUGAAUGUUUGGCAAGCGAAUUUUUGAGUGAGCUGCCGUUGUGAGCUUCAUCCAUAUUUUCAGGUUAUGAGCCCCGUAAAUGUUGCGGAACGCAUUGUAGUCCACUGUCGAUGAAGCGGCAUGAGAUGCUGCACGGUGGAAACUGGAGAGGACUGUCCAUGGGCAGUCAGUAGUCAGGUGCAUGGAGGUGACCUGAUACAUAGGCAGUUAAUGGGCUUGAUGAUGCUCUAUGAAGCUGGAUGC